AUGGGGGGCGCCGUUUCUCCUCUGUUGUACUGCGGUGCUGGCCUGCUGGGCUUCCUUGGGAUUGAAGCGGCCGAGCUGAAGCCGUUAGGCCCAGAACAAACAUGCGACCGGGAAGCGAGGGAAAGGACGCCGGGCCGGGCAGUCGUGGGAGAUGUGGCGGCGGUGACGACCAUCGCUCGCGAUCGCCGGUCGCCGUCCGCACGCCAUAACACUCCUCGGCAGAUCACAGAUGUGCCCGUGCCGAAUGCUCUAGUGUUUGAUGCGGCGCACAGUUUUGCUAGGGCCUUCUCAACAAGAGAUGCAACAUCUGGAGCAGCUGAGGAUGCUGAACAAGCAGCAGCUGAGCCUGAUGCAACUGAGGAGGCUGGAGCAGAACCAACUUCUCCUUGA